AUGUCUGGACCCAGCACAGAGGGGGGUCGCCCCAAACUCAGAGGUGCUGGUGAAAUGAAAAAGAACAUGGAUGAAAAAUUUCUUAGCUUCUUGCGCGAGUAUGCAACCUACUACGCCGAGUGUCCCCCUUCUUUCAAAAAGUACCUGGAGCGCCAUGUUUUCCCCGCCUGCAAGGAGGCCGACAAGAUCGACCAGUUGCAACUGUUCCUCUGCAAUCCCGAAAUCCUGGACUACGGUCUCGGGGUCGAGUUCAUGGAGGAGGCUUCUCAUUACACGAUUUGGGAUUAUUGGUUCCAGGGCGCCGAAGGGUCGGUUGUUCUCCCCUUUCAUCCUAUCCCGGACAAUUACAAGCCAUGGCCCAAGGAGGCGGAGAAGACGAUGAAGGCUGCGUAUAUCAUCGACGAUCCGGGGCGCGCGUUAUCAGCAGGGGUUCACGAAAUUCGCCUGGACGACCAGAAGAACGGAGCGACGAUGAGUAUUGUACCGCCCGGACCGUUUCGCUCACUGCCCAGUGUUCUAGGUCCCGACGGUGAACAAGGGGAUAUGUUUGGAGAUAUCCUCGGGCAGAUGAAAGAGUUGGAAAAGCUUCAAUUCCCCGCUACUUAUGGCCCCACUACCGCAGCGGUAGAAGGAGGACAGCUGGUCGAUCCCGUUGUGGACCGCACUGGCCCAGACUGGACGGUUGACUCCGAGUACGAAGGGUUUAGACAGCCUCCGCUGGCCGUCCGGCUUGAGCACAUCAACAACCUGCUUUGCGAGGAAGACAUGUAUCGUGAUCUCAACUGGGCCCAGAAGUUUGCUGAGACGGUUCGAUACCUCCAAUGGCUUUCUGAUGAGGACCCCAAGGGACAGCUCGCGAAUGCCAGUCAACAAACUCAAAAGAUGCAUGCCAAUGCUCUCCAAAAGGUCAGGGUGCAUGAGCUCUUCGACUAUUACAAUGCUCAACCGACACCGCUGAUCAUCAACCCUCUGCCAAAGGGGAGUCUCAAGUCAACUCGCCUCAACUGGCUUGGUGACGUACACAACUGGCCAAUCCCAACGACAAAUCCUGUUCCGGAUAAAAGGGAUCUGAUGCCGCGACCAACAUACCCGCGACCCGUUGAGCCUGUCAAUACAAUGCUCAUUGAUGAACCAGACAACUAUGAACUGUUUGAGGAAUUCAAACAUGACCAGCGAGAAGUGUGGCAGGAUGACGAAGGGGACGACAACCUGGCCCUGGUAGAGAGUGAGGCGUUCGUCAAGUUCUCCGGUUCCAAGUAUGCCGGCUGGGUUCGACAUGAUCCAACCACGAACACCAAGGUUCUGGCUGACGAUACUAUCAUCAUCCCCAACGACCCGAGGAGCUUUGCCAGAGAGCGAGGAGCCCGCCGUGCUGGUCUGCAGCAGAUGUUGCGAGCUUAUCAGACCAGUGUAAAGGAACACAUGGCCAGCCCUCUACGCACGCUUCAGCUUCCUAUAGACGCUGCGGUUCUGCACAAGAUCACUCGAGAUACCGACGGCGUUCAAUUUGUACCAGCCCGCAUCCCAGAUGAGAAGAUCCAAGCGCAGGCGGAUACCAUGCCGUUCACCGUUCAGUUUCCCAAGUAUCUUGAGUCCCUCAAGCAUAUUCGCGAAAGGGCCCUGAAGCGUGUCGAAGCCCUUCGUCGGCAAGAUCGUCGCUGGGUGACACUGCCCCAGAACGUCGUCACGGGCGGUCCGUUCGUCUGGCGCAUGGUCGACCCAGACGUCCAGCUAAAGCAGGACAUCCUGGACCAGUGCAACAUCACCUACCAGCUUCUCUCAGCCGCGCAGAGGCGCGCACCCCGUCUCUUGCUGGAUGAAGUCAGAGCCAUGAUCGACCGUGGCGUCUCCGGCGAGUUCCAUAACCACGACGUGCCCGCGGAAGUGCGCCUGCACGGCGACGAGCUCGAGAUCGUCGGCACGACGCACCCCCGCAAAGCCCCCUGCUACGUCGACCUAGAGGAAGACAUCCCCUGGCUCAAGUUCCUGGCCUCCGAGGCCGUCAACGACGGCAACUGGGAGCCCAACAAUUUCUAUCCCAACGAGCCCAAAGAAAAAUACAAGCUCUUCCACAUCUUUGCGCGGCGCGUGCAAAAGAUCCUCGACGACCGGGACCCGGACUCGCUCUUUGCCGACGCGGACGCCCAAGUGACCGUCGAGCAACUCCUCUCCAAGAUCAACGCGGGCCGCGAGGGUUGCCCCGUCGAUAAAGUCGUCUUCCAUCCGUACGACGCCAUGGCGUGGCUCGACCGCCUCGCCGACACGGGGCACGUCCGUUUCCAACUCGACCCCUCCUGCUACGGCGUCGUCAUGCGUCCCUUGAACAAAUACUUCCCCGAGAACCGUGUGAUCUGGCCCGGUCCGACGGCCCACCGCGAGAAGCCCGGUUUCAAGCUCGGUUACAUCUCCACCUGGCAACAGAUCCUUUGUCCGGGAAUCGACCGCUCGCAAGAAAUUCUUCCCGACACCCAGGGGUCCUCCCCCGUCUGGAAUUUCUUCAUGGCUCUCGGGUUCAGGUUGGGAUACACCAUCUACAUGCUCAACCAAGAGCGGGCCGAGCAGGGCCGCUUCAAGCCCCAGCCUGUUCCGGCCGAGUAUCUGACCGAAAGCCUGACGACUUUCGAAGCGGAGUGCAAGACGGAGAUCCAACACGCUUUUGGCAAGGACGACGGCGGUCUGGUUUCGCUGCAGCAGCUCAUCCAACGCCUUUCCCCGCGCGAUUAUACGGGGGCGGAAAUGACCGAGGCCGAAGCUUUUGCGGUCGUCAAGCGCAAGUUGCUGGAGGAGUCCAUCUGUAACUUGACCAUGCUUGUCCCUGGGAGAAGAGUCGUUUACUAUGGCCGUGAUCCGGCGACGGGGGAGGUUAAGCAUAUGACUGUUCGCAAACGGGAUGUGUCGUGGGAAUUUGCUUCUGCUCGUUCUUCCUCUACCACCUCCGGUCAAGGGACCAAAAAGAGGGCGUUUCAAUACUGGCGGUUAGACCGCUGGCCUCUGGGGGUUGGGUAUACCUCUGAGGAGACCGAACGAAAGAUUCGUGACAAGAAGGAUGUGGAUCCCAAGAUGGUGUAUGACCCCGUGGCCGAAGAUCCGAUUUCCGAAAAGUACAGGAGGCCUAAACUCCGAAGGUUUGGCGAAGACGAAAAAGUCAAGAUGAAGCGCGGGCCGGCCGUGUAUCCGGUGGGGGAUACGGUUAGGCAGGCGUGGAGGGUGGAGGAGAGUAUGACGGAGAGUGCUUAUAGGGCCCUAGGUCUAAGCCCACCCUCCGCCGCCGAAAACAGACGCAAGCGCACCUGGUCCCAAGCCAUUGGCACCCUGCUUAACCCCUUCUCCAACGACAAAGAUGGCAAUGUUCCUGCCGCCGAUGUGCCAGAGGAUGAAAGGAGAGUCAGGCCAAAGCUGGAUGACCUCGCCAAGGGCGUGGUGGUUAGUAGUUGGAAUCCGGAUCGAAUCAGACAAGUUGCGCAGGAGGAGGGGUAUGCGUUGGAGUCGGUGGAUGUGAAGGAGAUUCUGAAGGAGAUGGAGAAGAUGAGGAGGGAGGAGGUCGAGCAGGGUGCUUAG